AAGAAGAAGAAGGUUUUGGCGCGGUGUCAGCCAUCUUGGAAUCACAUCACCGUGUGGACGAAGGCUUUCCUGUUUCAUGCUGCAGCUCAUUGAUUGCUUUCCGUUGAUUCGUUAAGACGAAACGCUACUUUGAUUCAAACUUAAACCACCAGAGAAACAUUGAUUUUGAUCUAUUUUCAACUACUUGGUGAAGCCAAAUCAAGAUUAAUCGCUAUGGCGGCAGUUCGCGUUACUCCAAGCCGAGAAGCUGGUCGGCCAGCGGCCUCUACGCCUCUGUCUCCCACCAGGAUAUCCCGCCUACAGGAGAAACAAGAUCUGCAGCAUCUGAACGACCGGCUGGCCGUUUAUAUUGACCGUGUCCGCUCGCUGGAGCUGGAGAACGACCGACUGAUGGUGAAAGUGUCUGAAAAGGAGGAAGUCACUACUAGAGAGGUAACAGGGUUGAAGGCUCUGUAUGAGGCAGAGUUAGCUGAUGCUAGGCGGGUUCUGGAUGAAACGGCUAAAGACAGAGCCAAGCUUCAGAUUGAUCUAGGGAAGGUCCAGGCUGAUCUUGAUGAAGCCACUCGCAAUGCCAAAAAGAAGGAUGGGGACCUUGCCGCCGCAUUGUCGAGGGCCAAUGGGUUGGAAGGGCAGCUGAAUAAGAGUGAAGCAGCUCUUUCCACAGCUCUAAGUCAAAACUCUGCGCUCUCUGCAGAACUUGCUGAUAUGAAGAACCAGCUGGCCAAGGCUGAAGACGGCCAUGCUGUGGCCAAGCGACAACUGGAGGCAGAAACCCUCAUGCGUGUCGACCUGGAGAAUCGCUGUCAGUCGCUGAGUGAAGAGCUGGAGUUCAGAAAGAACAUGUUUGAAGAGGAGAUGCGCGAGAGUCGCCACAGACAGGAGCAAAGAAUCGUUGAGGUGGAUUCUGGAGUGAGACAGGACUACGAGUUCAAGCUAGCACAGGCUCUACAGGACCUGAGGAGGCAACAUGAUGAGCAAGUCUGUCUUUACAAGGAGGAACUGGAGCAAACCUUUCAGGCUAAGCUGGACAAUGCGAAAGUGUCAUCAGAGAUUAAUGACAAGGCAAUGGGUGCAGCACGGGAGGAACUGCAAGAGUCCCGUACGAGAAUAGAGAGCCUUGGUUAUCAGCUGAGUGCUCUGCAGAAACAGGUGGCUGCCUCAGAAGACCGGAUCAGAGAGCUUGAGGACAUUUUAUCAGCAGAGCGUGACAAGCACCGCCGUGCCAUUGAAGGAAAGGAGCAAGAGAUGGCUGAGCUGAGAGACCGGAUGAAUGCUCAGCUCAGUGAAUACCAGGAAUUGUUGGAUGUGAAGCUAGCUCUGGAUAUGGAGAUUAAUGCAUAUAGGAAGCUGCUGGAGGGAGAGGAGCACAGGCUGAAACUGUCCCCAAGCUCAUCGCCUCAAGUGACUGUUUCCAGAAUAUCGGGAUCCUCCUCUUCCCGUUCUUCCAAGAGGAAGAGGCUUCAGGAGGAGGAUCGGGAUUUGUCAGAGAUGGGAAAAGGAGAAGAACAGCUGUUGGUGUCAGAGGAGGCCACAGCUAGUGGAGCUGUCACUAUAUCGCCCACUGACAUGGAUGGAAACGCAGUCACACUGAACAAUGAGAGUGAUCAGGACCAGCCUUUGGGGAACUGGAGACUGAAGAGACAGAUUGAUGAUGGAGAAGAAGUCAUAUACAAGUUCUCACCAAAAUUUGUUCUCAAGGCUGGACAGUCAGUCACGGUUUGGUCCGCUGAUGCUGGUGUUGCACACAGCCCACCUUCUGACUUGCUUUGGAAGAGCCAAGCUUCCUGGGGAACAGGAAGUGUCAUCGUUACCUCUCUGACCAAUGUUGAUGGCGAGGAGGUUGCCAGGAGAAGUGUAACCAAGACCCAAGUGGAGGUUGAAAAUGGUGACGGGAAUGACGAGGAAAUGUCUCAGAAGGGCCGAGUGUCAAGAGAGUGUGCCAUCAUGUGAAGUGCUCUGGUUAUUUUAAACCCUUUGAGCUACUAUACUCAGUUUUUUAAUAUGUAAUUUUUUAUUGAGACACUGAGAUUAUUCAAGUUGUUGUUCAUCUGGUGUUUUUGUUGUUCAACCAAAUUCUCCCUCUUAUAAAAAUAGGGCUUCUUUUCCCCAAAAUAGAACCAGUAAUACCAGUGGAUCCAAUAAGCUGGUGGUAUUCUAUUGUGCAUCCAUGCACUCAUUUCAGAUUUCCCCUUCUAAACCUUUGGCUCACUGAUUUAAUUGAGCAUGCUUUUCUUUUCUAAGAGUGGCUGAAAGUGUAAUGACAAGCAAACACAGCAUGUAAACCAGCCUCCCAGCACAUCUCUUAGACUUUUAUCAGUGGUGUUCAGGUAAAAACACUUCUGUGGGUUUUAUCAUUUACAGCUAAAUAUUCAGAUCUGCAAAAAAAAAAAAAUAGAAAGUUGCUAGGAAGAGAGUUGGAAUUGUGAAUCCUCCUGUGAUGUGCACCAUCUAGAUUAAACUGUUGGCUUGUGACUGCCGGAUUGGUUAGGAGUUUUUAUAGCAGCACAUAGAACUAACUGACAUUAGUUGAGCUGCUGUCAGUCCUCAUUACGGUCAAGCUUUUCCACCCACUCGUAUCUUGAUUUUGUUCCAAUUUCCCUUCACUUUUUUCUAAAUAUAAAUAGGUGCAUUAGAUGACCACUAAAUUCAGCAUCAGCAUUUGUGUGUGAAAAUAUGUUUUAUGUUUUUGAAUCUUGAUUUUAAGGUAUGUAUACCAAUUCUAGCUGUUGAUAAAAUUAGAUUUCUGCAUAAGUAGGAAUCUGUGUUGUUUUGGUCUAAUUUAAUUCCAUGUUAGUUUUACAGUAAAAGGUAUUUACUUCAGUACAAUAGCCAGAAAUUUCUGGAUUGGGAUUUGAAAUUAUUCUUAUUACUUUUAGUUUGAUAAAAUUAAUGUUCUGGGCCAGUUAAUGUCACAUAGGAUGAGAGCACAUAUUUCUGUAGUGUUUUUCAUUUCAAGCCAUCUAGAAGAUUAAUAAAAUGCUUAAAACAAGAAAAAAAAAAAACAUUUGUGCUUUGAAGAUUUCCUGAUUCUAAAAACAAAGAGCUCAACAUCUAUGUUGAGCAGGAUUAGCUCAUGUGAAGGAUAUUUUAGCCUUCACUAUAUUUUCUCUCUUCUCCUGGAAGCAACAGCUUUAAGAAUCUUUUUAUGGAGGUUAUGGCCGUACAUUGGAGUAAGAACACUAGUUACCCGGUACGGUGAGCGCUGUUUUAGGGCCUCUGCUUUAGCUUGAAAACAAUGGUCCAAUGAUUGUACCCUUGGCUACAGCUGUCUUUCUGGUUAUCUUCUCUACCUCAGAUAGCGCUUCCCUUCACCUGCAAUCCUCCAAGCACUGGAGGCUCACUGCAGUUAGCAGAUGGUGUACCUUGAUCUACUUGAUGCAAGGCUUGAAUCACUGACCAUGAACAUUUUUAAUCAUUCUAUUAUGCAACUGCAAUGGUGUUCUUGUAGUUGUGCGUCCCCACUGAAUAUCCUCUUGGAAAGCUUCAGGGGCCACAAUUCACCACAGAGGCCCUCAGAGACUAAGAGCCUUAACAAGUUCUGAAGAGGUCUUAUUCACCUUCAAACUCUUGUUUGGGGUGUUAUUUUUAUUACCUCUUAGUGACCGCAGACUGACCCAAUUUUCUGCAACAUCCAGCUACUUUAGUCUAGGAGACAAACUCUGUAUAUAAACAUUCAUCAAACAUUUCUUUCUAAAUGGUGGUUGUUAGAUUUCUCCUCAGCGUGGUUGAUAAUCCUUAGUCUUAAACUAGAUACAGUAAACAAGAUACAAAAUAUUGACAACUCCAGAACCUUUUUGGAGUCCAACCAGCGGAGAAGUUAGUUCUGAUGCCAGAAGCCCACAGAUCCAGUUUUUGCCUGACUGCUUUUCUGACAGUCGUGACUUGUGAAUCUCCAGGUUCCAGUCAUGGUAGUCACAUUCCAGCCACACUUCAGACUACAGCUCUGUCCCAAUAUUAAAAACUCCAUUCUUUACCUCUUCUUAGUUCUCUCACAGUAGAUCCAGAGCAUAUUCACAGAGCUUCACUUUGUCUGCAUUUAACGAUAACCUUUUUUCAUUGCAAAUUGAUUUAAGCUUCCCACAGCUGACGAGGCAUGUCAUAGCCCCAAGCAAGCAUGAAGUCAGCCCGUAAAUCUCUGUGACACUGUUGUCUCAAGGCACAAAUUGGGGAAUCCACCUAUUAGGCCUGUAUGGUAGAUUGACCAAUCUACCAGAUGGAAGCCACACCUUAAUAGGAUGCAUGGCAGCCUAUGCAAGUUUGCCAAAAGACACCUGAAGGACUCAGACCAUGAGAAAUAAAAUUCCGUGGUCUGAGGAGAUUAAAGAGAAACCUGUUAAGCAUGAAUGUCAGGCAUUAUGUUUGGAGGAAACCAGGCACUGCUCAUCAUGUGGCCAAUACCAACCCUACAGUAAAGCAUGGAGGUGGCACCAUUAUACUGGAGAAAGGUUUUUCAACAGCAGAGACUAGGAUACUUUAUGGACAAGGAAAGGAUAAAUGCAGACAUCUUGGAUAAAACCUCACACUGGGGUGAUCUGAAAAGACUUUGCACUGCCAUUUCCCAUCAGACCUGAUGGAACUCAGAUUUUCUGCAAAGAUAAAUGGGCUGACCUGCCCAGAUAUACGUGGGCCAAGCUUGUUGUCCUUUUCUAGAAGAGCUGUAGCUGUAAAUGCUAACAAAAGUUUAUCAACCAAGUAUUUCCAGUUUUCUUCUUGGGAAACUGGAAUGGAAUCCAUUAUGGAAAGCAACAAACUACAGAAAGUGAAGGACUGCAAUUGAUUUCUAGAUGGGCUGGAAGUGCUUUAUUCAGUAGAGGUGGAACCCCAAGCUAUGACUAACGUGUAUUUCUGUUCUCCUCCCCGCCCUUUGAUACGUCAGAUGAGUGAUGACACUGACUUUCUCCCAUGAUGUUCACAAUAAAUCACUUAUGUGAAAUGGUAUUGACCAAGAUUAAGAGGUAUAAAUGCUCUAAGGCAAACAACAGUACAUUUAAAACUCAUCACUCACUCCAAGGGACUGUCCUGGUGUCUCAUAGUUACGUGAAUCAUGUUCUGAAUGUCUGCCUUGGUUUAAGAUGUACCAAAGCUGCAUCUGGCUUUAAACACCCAACACGUCCCGGGCUGUGAUGGACCCUGUGACGGGAAGCAGUGAAGGACCUUGUGGCCUAGGGAAGACAACACUCAUGAUGCAGUGAUUGUCUAAUAAUUUUUUUCUUGUGUUAUUAUCUAUGUUGUUUACUGUAUUACACUAUACAUCUGAUUUGGUUUGAGGUUUUUAGUAACAUACUUUUUCUUGUUUGUAUGCUGUGCUUUAUAAUGCUAUAUUUCUUUUUGGGAUUGUGAGUUUCUUUUCACAUUGAUAACGUGUUGACAUUUACUUUUAUAAUUAGAUUCAGAUGUUUUGUGGUGGUAGCAAAAGUGUGCCAGUAGGUCAUUGUUGAUAUAAAGGGCUGUUUCACAAAAUCAAGACACAAAAUUUCCUGAUAUCCUGGUUGAAUUGAGCCUGGACGCGGUUUCACAAAAGCAGUAGCACAUAAGUUACCAUGGUAUUGUAUUCUGUGCAGCUUGCCUGCUCCAGACCAGGCUAACAGCCAGGCAUAGUUAAUGGGGUUAGGGUGCCUUAUCUAUUCAGUCAGCGAUCACACUGAUCAGAAACCAUUGAGUUCUGUCAGUGGUUUAGUUUUCUUAUGUGUGUUUUGGUAUUUUUAUCAACCUGCAUCAAAAUGUCACUGAUACAUAGGCCCAUUGGUAUUCAAUUGAUUGCUAUUAUUAUUUUAGCAUUAUUAUGGUAGCCUAUAUAAUUAUUAACUAUAAUUAUCCAUCAGAAUCAAGUUUAAUCGCCAAGUAGGUUUGCACUUAAAAGGAAUUUGACUUGGUAUUGAUGGUGCAGACAAAAAAUAAGAAUAAAGUAAAAUAAGAAGUAAAAAUUAUAUAUACACGGAAGCUGUAUACACUUAGUAAGCUGCGUUAAUGUAACGCAGAAGCUUGUAAGUCCUGAACGGGGGGGAGAGACAGUGUCCAGUUUCAUGGGCGGCGCUUGGCCUUGUUCACAAGGCUGGUAGCAGAUGGGGAAAAAACUGUUCUUGUGGCGUGACGUUGUGGUCCUGAUGGACCGCAGCCUCCUGCCAGAGGGAAGUGACUGAAAUAGUCUGUGACUGGGGUGCGAGGGAUCAGCCACAAUCUUCCCUGCACGCCUCAGAGUCCUGGAGGCGUACAGGUCCUGGAGAGAUGGAAGAUUGCAGCCAAUCACCAUGUGGACAUUGUUGCUGUUCAACUGUGUUUUUGAAGACUGCUGUUGCUCUGAGUUUGAUUUACUUAAACCUGGCUUGAUAUAGUCGGACCUCUUAAGCCUGCAUUGGCUUUCAUGAGACGGAUAAUGCCAGGAACUCUGAUCACACUAAGUCUAGCCUGGCUUUACCUCUUAUCCUGGAUUUCUGAAUUCUGAUUUUGUGACACAGCCCCCAGAACACCUGAACAUGUAAUCACAGUGUUGGACUUUGGCCAAGUCUUGCUCAGGUAUGAAAACAAUCCUGAUCUCAGCUUAUUAGCAAAGUGAAUGGACAUCACCUGACUGCUUCACAUCUUAGAUUCCGUGUUAGAUCAGUUCAGACUGCUUCUUUUACAUUAGAUGAUUUGAUUUAAUAGAGAAUUUUUCUUGUCCAAAAUGUUAUCAUUUUACCUGGGGAUAUGACAUGCCAAUAUGUCAGUUCUUUCAUUCAUAAUGACCUGGUGAUCUUUUUGUACAUGCAAUAAAACUUUUACAUUUAUUUUA